CAAUGGCGGAACCACCAGGAGCGUAUUCGGUGAGAGAAGUUGAAAUGAAUACCGAUGAACGCUACGGCUUCAGAAGAGAGUUCAGAAAGCAAAAGCUUUGUUUUAAGGACAUGGAUUCUAGCGUGGAGGAUCAUAAAGAAAGCAAAAGGGGAAAACCAGUACCGUCCCAGUCUCAGGAAAAUGAACCCAGUCCCUUCAAUAUGACAGCAAAAAACUUUCCUAAACGAAGAAGCCGAAUGCAUGCCUCUGUUGCCUCUUAUAAUCGUACCAGAGGGAGCACAGUCAGUGCCAAUAAAGCUCUAGAACUUGUUCGAGCAGCUUUGCAGCCUUCAUUAAAUUCUGAAAUUGAGACAGUUUUAAAGAGCUAUCAAGAGAUGUUCCGUAUGGCAGCACGUAACAUCAAAGACAACACAAGUGAAUCAGUCUCAGAAGAACAGAUAAAAGCUGUCCUGAGAAGAAGCUUAGAUGAGGCGAAACUUCUGUUCAGGGUGGACACAAAGCCUCAUCACCCAGACAGGAGAUAUGAGAGAGGGGGAAGUCCUGCAAUUGUCAAGAAGAAGAGGGUACGCCCUGAUGUAGAAAAAGAAAGCGAAGGAUCACCUCCUAAAGUAAACAAGAUGGACAAUAAAGCGAUAACCAGUAAGUGGGAUCCAGACAGCAUUACUGAGGAAACUGAAUUCAUUAUGGGAGUAAAAGCAAACAAAGCCCUUGGUUUUGCUGCUACAAGAGGAAAACUCUACUACAGACAUCCAGAACUUUUCAAGUACUCGGGUGACUCUGAUGACAAACUGUGGCUGUUUGAACAGAAUGAACUGCCCAUCACUGGAGGCAAGGCAUUUCUCAUGAUUGCAGAUGACAUCAGAAAGUUAGCUGAUCAUCAGGAUUACAGGAAUAAUGAAGGUCUAAAUCUGGAGGAAAUCAAGGGUUUUAAGGUGCCAUCAAAGAUGUUAGAGAAGAUGAAAAGUCACAUGAGAAAAUUGAAGAGAGAAGCAGCCGCGCGAGGUGAAGUUAGAGAGAAAUUCAAAGAGGAGGAGAGUCCUGCCAACAACGAAGUAAAAGAGUCAGCUGGACAAGAGAGCAAGGAAACACCCUCUCAAGCUCCAGACAUCAAACAGGAGCAAUGAAAUAAAUGACGAUACCUAACAGAUAAAGAUCGAUAGGAACAAUUGUAUUUAUUAGAAUUAGUCGUUCUUGGUAGAACUUUACAUUAGAGUGGCUCUUCAUCUCAGUGGUGAACCAUUUGUAUCGCGAGUAAGUUAACUGUAUCCUAGAGUCUGUCGAUAAGUUCUUAAGUUAGACUUCCUUAAAUAAUUAAUCUCCAACCUCUGUGAGGGCCAAAGUAUAGCCAGGCUCUCCCUAUGAGCGCUGCAGGGCUCCCGUUUUCCGUCCGUAUGAAGAUUUGAGACGAGUCGGGGAGAGGUUUGCUAGGUCCUAGCAUACCUCUUGCCGGCUUGCUUUUCUAAAACCCAAACUUUCUGUUGGGCGAAGAAACUCUCUUGUCGCAGUACUUAUUAUGAGAGCCUGCUUGUCGGCUAGCCAGACUAGAACUUUGAAAUUUUGUAAAAAAACAGGCAAAGAUGUUAUCCAAGUAGGAUGUCGGAACCAGUAUAGAGUUACAAAUGGAAAACUGAGAGGUCGUUGAACGAGCUUCACGCUCUAGGAAUACUAUAGGGAAAUUCUUCCCUAUAUUUUAAGUUUUUUUGGGUGUGAAACAUAACUUGUUAUGUCCUCAGACAAACCAACUCUUAAUUUGUAGUCUUCUCGACGUGUUACAGUUAAAUCACAAGAUUUUCCCUUUUCCUAGAGGUUUCCUUUCCUUACUGCAUUAACGACGCCCUGAAAUGGGCCAAUAAAAUACUGUACUCGCUUUUUCCUGUA